UAUAAAAUCGGCCAUUUCAUCGUGGUAGGCUAUCUGCUUUUGGAGGGCAGUGGGGAUAUUUCUUUUUGCACGUUAACUUAAAAUCAGUUUAAAAUGAAUGAAACUGCAGUAUCAUUCGCCAAGGAUUUCUUGGCUGGUGGUAUCUCCGCUGCCAUCUCCAAAACUGCGGUUGCGCCUAUCGAGAGAGUCAAGCUUCUUCUUCAGGUCCAACAUGCCAGCAAGCAGAUCGCAAAAGACCAGCAGUACAAGGGUAUUUUAGAUUGUGUUUCCCGCAUUCCCAAGGAGCAGGGCUUCCUUGCCUUCUGGAGAGGUAACCUUGCCAAUGUCAUCAGAUAUUUCCCCACCCAGGCCCUCAACUUCGCCUUCAAAGACAAGUACAAGAGUAUCUUCCUUGACGGCGUUGACAAGCGCAAGCAGUUCUGGAGGUACUUCGCUGGCAACCUGGCCUCCGGUGGCGCUGCUGGAGCCACCUCCCUUUGCUUCGUGUACCCUCUGGAUUUCGCCAGAACCCGUCUGGGAGCGGACGUGGGAAAGGCUGGUGCUAGGGAGUACAAUGGCCUGGCCGACUGUCUGGCCAAGACGUUCCGGUCUGAUGGCUUGAGGGGUCUGUACCAGGGCUUCAACGUGUCUGUCCAGGGCAUCAUCAUCUACAGAGCUUCCUACUUUGGCAUUUAUGACACAGCUAAAGGUAUGCUUCCUGACCCCAAGAACACUUCCAUCUUCGUGAGCUGGGCGAUUGCUCAGACUGUAACCGCCGUAGCUGGACUGACCUCCUACCCCUUCGACACCGUCCGCCGUCGCAUGAUGAUGCAGUCGGGCCGUAAAGGCGCUGAUAUCAUGUACAGUGGGACCAUUGACUGCUGGAAGAAGAUCUUGCGCGAUGAGGGUGGCAAAGCCUUCUUCAAGGGAGCCUGGUCCAACGUUCUCCGCGGCAUGGGAGGCGCCUUCGUGCUCGUCUUGUACGACGAGCUUAAGAAAGUUCUCUAAAGUCCUUUUUUUAACGUCACUGUCAAAUUUACAUUAAAUUGUUAAAUGUAACAAAAUUGUUCAUUCCUAUGGACUUUGCAUUCUGCCUUAUUUAUGGGAACCAACUAGUAUUGAACUAGUUAAAGGCCGGCAGCUGUAAGUUGUGCAUCUUACAAUUUAAACGUUUCAUUCUCUCACCUGUGUCAUUCCUGUAUAAGAUACCUCAGAAAGAACUCCUGUCCUCCAGUGGGUUUAUUUGUAAACAACUUGAAUAAAUACAUUGUAUUGGACAAGCCUACUAA